AUGUCAUUUUCAGGCAAGAUGAAUCGGAGAUGGAUGCUAGGAAUUCUUACCGUUUUAUCCACGAUUGUCGCGACGGAUUCACAGAUCAGCACUUCGUGCACGAGCUCCAUGGUCGCCACGUUCACGCCGUGCCUGAAUUACGUCACCGGCAGCGGCGUCAGAGGCUCGUCGCCGACGCAAGACUGCUGCAACUCGCUGAAAUCGCUGAUGUCCGACGGCGUCGACUGCGGCUGUCUGAUUGUGACAGGAAAUGUUCCUCUCUCGAUCCCCUAUGUCAACAGAAACCUCGCCAUUUCGCUACCUCGAAUGUGCAGAACUUCUGUCCCAAUCCAAUGUAAAGCCUCCGGAGAUCCUCUGCCUGCUCCAGGUCCUGCUUUGUUCGGCCCUACCUCGGCUCCUUCUGCGUAUGCUCCUUCAGGACAGGAAGAGGAAGGCGCCGGCGUCGAUGCGGCUGAAUCUCCGGCAGGUGGUUUGGACGUCGCGCCGGCGGCACCGCCGGAGACGCCGGAGGAUUUGCCCGAACAGCAACCGGGGGUUAGGCCUGUGGUUGACCCGAAUUCGUCGCCCCCAAACGGUUCCAUUGAUACCUCGUCCAAUCUUGUACGGAUGUUGUUAGGGAUUGCUGUCUUAAUUAAGUUCUUGUAAUACGCCAAAAAUUCUCGUAAUUUGUUUGGUGAUAUUCCUUGAUUAUUUGGAUGAUGAUUUCUGCUCUGUUUC